ACACACAUUCCUCUCCGUCCAUACUUGAAACUGGAACGGCAUUGCGCACGCGCGAAACUUGCUGCGUUAAAGCUCUGCUGCCAAAAAGUUUGGGCGGAACCUAGUUCUGACGUUUCAUUGGUUGGAGCGGGCAUCUGCUGCCUUGUGAUUGGUCAUCGCGCUCGUAGUAGCUAUCGUGGACGGAAGCAGUGAGUGAAUGAGGGCUGCAUGGUGAGUUACAGCAGGAGCUGGGCUGCAGAUCGUAAAAUAUGAAGGCUGAAAUUUCCAAUUUUAACAUUGAUGCCCCAAGAUGGGAUCAGAGUACAUUCACGGGCAGGUUGAAGCACUUUUUCAAUAUUACGGAUCCCAGGACUGCAGUUGUGUCCGAGGAAGAACUAGACAGAGCAAAAGUGCUUGUGGAGGCAUGCAGAGCAGGUGGCACUCCACCAGGCACCAGCAUUGAGCAACUGCACUAUGCCAAGAAACUGUAUGAUUCUGCUUUCCACCCUGACACCGGGGAUAAGAUGAACCUGAUCGGCAGAAUGUCCUUCCAGGUCCCAGGAGGAAUGGCAAUUACCGGCUGCAUGUUACAGUUUUACAGGACCGUUCCCGCGGUAGUGUUUUGGCAGUGGGUUAAUCAGUCAUUUAAUGCACUUGUAAACUACACCAACCGUAACGCAGCUUCUCCCAUCACACCUGGUCAGAUUGGCGUUGCAUAUUUGACGGCUACUAGUACUGCUCUGGCCACUGCGGUGGGACUUAACCUCUACACCAAGAAAGCUCCGCCACUGAUUGCUCGUUGGGUUCCCUUUGCUGCUGUGGCUUCCGCCAAUUGCGUGAACAUUCCUAUGAUGAGACAGCAGGAAAUUCUUAGCGGUAUCGCAGUUACUGACGAAAAUGAUAAUAAGCUCGGCCAGUCCAGGAAAGCUGCUAUAAAGGGUAUUGGCCAGGUGGUAGCCUCCAGAAUUGCCAUGGCUGCCCCUGGGAUGAUACUCCUGCCAAUUCUGAUGCAGAAACUGGAGUCGUUUCCCUUUAUGAAAAAAAUCCAUUUUCUUCACGCUCCCCUGCAAGUGACAUUAGCUGGUGGUUUCUUACUGUUCAUGGUUCCUGUCGCCUGUUCAUUGUUUCCACAGCGAUGUUCCAUGGCUGUGAGCAAUCUGGAACCAGAGCUUCGAGAUUCCAUCCGGAACCAAUAUGGAGACAAAAUUCAAUAUGUUUAUUUUAACAAAGGCUUAUGAGCGAGGGGGGCACAGACUUUGACACUAAACCCAGAAGCCAGCUGUAUCCACAACCAAAAAUAAUCAUCUUCUCUGACCACUGAGUGAAGGCUGUGCACAUUUUAAGAAAAAUAUAUAAUUUUUUUCUAAAAUAAGCUAAAAUCCGAGGAAGAGGCUCCUUUUAAGUGUCUGGCAUCCUCACCAACAAUGUAUGAGCCAUUGUUCUUAACAACUGGUAACAUGACUGAUUUGUCUUGCGGCACAUAGCCUCCAAGUGUUCCUACGUGCUAUGGUACACUGUCUAAGCAGGCCUGGAGAUAAUGAUUUAUUGAUACAAUGAGGAAUGCUUUAUCCGUUCUCACUACACAAUGAAAGGGCUAAAAAUAGAACAGGUUGCAUUCUGGGUCCAUUCAGCCUCUGGAGGAAGGGCAGCAAGUACAGAUACAGCUUCCCUCACUAUGAUCAAUAGACCAGCUUAACCUCUCGUGAUAGACGUGUAGGACAACGCACCACAGCCGGAUAGCACAAGACCCUAAAAAGUUCAAACCUCUUUUACAUUUUAACUGUUGGGAAGUACCAAAGAGAUUGUACAGCAUUCUUCUAUAUAAAUUUGAGACCUGUUUUGAAAA